AUCCAGAGAAGGACUUUAUUCCGUUAUUUCUGGUAAGCUGGGCUCUCCCCACGAGAGAGAAACCGCCGUACUGCUUCCUUCCCUCCUAAUUAAUCUGAAAUUACUUUCCCCGUCCGACGACUUUGAUUGACCCGGUCAUCCAUUUACCACCGCGUCCCUCUCUUUCUCUCUCUAUCUUUAGCAGCUUAGCUAAUUUGCCCCCUUACCUUCCUAAGUUGGCCUUGCCUUCCUUCCUCACUGAACAUCUCGAUUCGAUUCUAAAAUCUCUCCGUUAGGUUUCCAUUUUCUGAUUUCUAUUUAUAGUUUCAUAUUUCUGUAUCGAAUCUCGAUCCCAAAAACCACCGCACCGGCAUACCCGAUUUAUUUAUUCUUUUUUUCCCCCAAUCUUGGCCCUAAUUUUCAUUCUUCUCCUCUUCUAUAAUUACCUAAUCACAUCUAAUUGUUGGCUAACAAUUGCUUAACCAAGGGGAUGCAGAGCCAGAUAGUGUGCAGUGGGUGUAGAAGCGUGUUGCUGUACCCGAGAGGUGCCACCAAUGUCUGCUGCGCUUUCUGCAAUGCCCUGACUCCCGUUCCCCCACCUCAACUCCCGCCUCCCGGAAUGGAUAUGGCUCAACUUAUAUGUGGAGGUUGCCGUACAUUGUUGAUGUACACACGUGGUGCCACGAGUGUGAGAUGCUCCUGUUGCCAUACUGUGAAUCUUGCACCUGUGUCUAAUGUUGCUCAUGUCAACUGUGGAAACUGCCGCACUACACUUAUGUAUCCAUAUGGUGCGCCGUCAGUUAAAUGUGCUGUUUGCCACUAUAUUACUAACGUGAAUAUGAGUAAUACUAGGGUUCCAAUUCCAAUGCACCAACCUAGUGGAACAGUAACACCACCAUUGAUGCCUUCUACUUCAUCUCAGGGAUUGGCGCAUUCUCAAAGUCAAACUGUAGUUGUUGAAAAUCCUAUGUCUGUUGACAAAAGCGGGAAACUGGUAAGCAAUGUUGUUGUUGGUGUCACCACUGAAAAAAAAUGACCAACAAAGGUGAUGGUCCAUCCCUCGCGGUAUCUUAAGGCUUAAGCAAAGGGAAGUUAUUUUCCUCAAGCUACAGUAAAUGGUAUAUAUAGAGUUGUGCAUAGGUGGAGGAAAUGGUCCAAUUGGCUUGGCAUAAUUGUGACACUAUGACUAUAAUUUUUUUAUGUGAGCGUGAUGUACAUUAAACAAUCCAAGUGUUGCUACUUUGAUGCCUGGUGUGGUUACAUUAUGGAUAUGACUUUUUGCAACUUGAAUAUACAUAUGUGGUAAAUAUGGGACUUGAUAUACAAUUUUGUA